GAAGUGUCUACGAUGGGUUAAGCCUUGCGGAAGACCGCACCUACAACUAAAUGUGGACAACAUCAACAAACAAAGAUGUGUGUUCGGAGGUAAGUGAGGGAGAAGUAUCUUCUCUGAGUUUGAUUGAAUUAUUAUCUGUGCUUUAUACAAUGCAGGAGAUCAACUUUCACUUUGUUAGCGUAUCGCCGACCUGCCGAAUGAAGUGUCAUGUUUUAUGCCGAAGAGUCGGUUUAGCGAUACGUAAAUGCGCCAUGUCACGCAAGAGAAAUUUCUAUUUGCCUUAUUUUCAUCACAUCAGACUUUUAAGACAGAGCGCUGGGUUCCAUUACGAGUCGGGUCAAAUGAAUACACCCACUCACUUCUAAAGACUACAGUGAUCUUACUCGUGACCUUUCCAAGUAAAAAGUACUCACCCUGCUUUACACGCGCAGUACGAUUCCACUAAUUUAUCCUGUUGGAUUUCAAUAUAAAGUUUGUGAGGCGUCAAACUUUUUUUUUUUUUGCAUCGAUUGCCAACGUUUCGCUGUAACUCUGACAUUGCGUCCCGCUCCGUCCAAAAUCUUAAUUCCGGGAAAUCGUUGCGACCUCUCCGUAGAACUCUCUUGGUCAAGUCUGACGCAUUUGGCUAAAAACAUACCCCAAUAUUAUCCGGAAUACGCGACAGAGAAUCGACUUCAAACGUGUUCUGUUCAAUCGCCAUUUCGGAAGCUUGUGGGAACACGGCUAAGGAGGCGGAGCUCAAGAUCGCCAUCGGAAAGCUCUAUUAAUAUACCCAUGGAUGAGGUAAUCUUUCAUGAUUUCAGGGAAACUGAACAAACACAAUGUGAGAAUCUGGGGAUCAGAACGACCCCACUUGACGAGAAAAAAUGAUCUUAAAAGCCCAAAGCAAGAUGGUGCACCACCACAUUGGGCUUACUGAUGCCAUUGCCACAAUUGCGAACACGGCAAGAAAUCAAGUACCGUCUUGAUGUGCUUCGGACAACUAAUGCUGCCCAUGUAGUAGUGUAUCAAAAGAGGUUGGCAACGUGAUUAACACCAUAGCAACCGACGCUACGCGAUAGGUGACACCAAGUGCAAGGGGUGAGAAAAACACAUAUCCAUGACAGAAAUUCUUUCUUUGUCAUAUUCCGCGAUGAAACGGAUCCCUACCGUAUUAAAAAUUACGUAAUUCUCUUAAUCGGGAGCAUAAACGUCGUCGUCGUAAUGGUAAGUACUAGUGAUGCAACGUUGGAUUUAAACCGCUGACCCCCGCGUACAAGAUGGUAGGAUCCAAUUACAACAUGGCGAACCUCUUCUGUGUGUUCGCCGGAUUCAAACCACGAUUUCUUAAUUAAACGCGGCCUUACUGAGUGUUUCCCCAAAUCUCCGAUGUCGAAUAGUUAUGCAGGUGUCUUGUGAACGGGAACGCGGACAAAUGUGAGCCUGUGCAAAGAUUUGCCGGCAGGAGAGUCCGCUCACAGUGUCUGAAAUGGCGCAAGAAGUAUGGUGAAAACAGAGGAGCUGGCGUCCAUGGCGGACUGCUGGAGCGACGUCUUCGAGAGGGGACGAUUGAUUCCACCCGUCGGGCAGACGGUACGGCAGGCUGUGGACAGCCACCUGACUCAGUCCCACGGCCUUCAGCUCACCCUGAGCCAGCUGACGGCGGCGCAUCCACCGAAGGAGACGCCAGAGGCUGAACAAGAUGCGACCUACCAGCUGCGAGUGACAUUCUUCGAUAGAACCCUCCAGUACUUCUUUGGGAGAACAUGGAAGAGCACCCCGCAGAAAAUGAAAAACAAUAAGAUCAACCUCGAUGAGAUCCUGUACUUCCAUACAUCUCUGCGGUUACCAAACACCGUGUUGGUGUUAGAGCUGGUGGCAUUGUCAACGAGGUCAGACGGUUCACAGCAGGCCCUGGGGCAAGGCUUCACCGUUUUGGAUCUUUUUCCCAGCAAGACGGAACCUCAUGGGGACAGACGACUGAAUCUACUUCAUGGGUCACCGAGAGUUCUUCUACACCCACUGCUCAAGGACGUUGUUGACUACAGUGAUCAUCUGAAAGCCAUCCACGAAGCGCACGUGGAAUGCGUGCUAAAAGGUCACCCUGCAAUGACUCCCAUGAUGCACCUCCUUCCUGAGAAUGUCCUCGUGUCCGGCAAUGAGAACAUUCCUGGCCUUGCUCCUUCUCCAACAGGCGAUGGGCUUUUGAAACCUAUGCUGCUCAAGAUGCUGCCCUUCACCCUGAGCAGACUGACAAUCUGCCUGCAGCCGUCCCUCGAGGCCUUUGAGAGUCAGCUGCUGCAGCUGAUCAAUGCUGACUGCCAAAACACGCAACAGCCGAACCAAGAAGGUCCACUGAAGACGGUUGUCAUCCAGGAAAGAAGGCUCCAUGUAGGGGUUCACAAUGGCUGGUGUUUCAUUGAUAAACCUCAAAUAAUCGUGUUGGAGCCCAUCUCCUCGGGGAUCAAAGGGCGAGUGGAUGGCGUCUCCAAAACAAGCACUCAGACCAAGGACAGCUCUGCAGCAUCAUCCGUGCCCCAGACUCUGGGCCUUCGCAGCAACCUGGAGGUCAGGCUGAUUAAUCAUCAGUCCAUAGCUGUUGUCUUCCAGCUGGAGUACGUCUUCUCUGCUCCAAUUGGCCGAGAGACAAUGCUGUCCACCACGACAACAUCCCGGGCAGCCUUCCUGCAGUGCCUCCGCUGGGCGAUGAUGUGUCCGUUCCAGGACCAGGCGGACUGGAAGGGGGAAGAGACGCAGCUGGUUCUGCAAGGGGGUUCCAAGCCGAACCCUUUAGGAGUCAUGGUCUACAACUCGGCCAUAAGUCAGAAUGCUGCCCCAAUCCCAACUGCCGGAACAAUUCAGGAUGUGAUCAAAUUUCGGCUGUCCCCCACUCUGGAUCGAACGACAUCCAGUCCCAAGACAACCCUGCGAUCAAAGCCGGAGGAUUCAUCACGCCGUAGGAGAUCGUCUUCGUCGCCCACUCCAAGUCAAAGUGACAUCCAAGAAGUCUCAUCUCCAGAAUCGCCGCAGGGCCCCAAGCUCUCGCUGUCUCAGCUGACAGCUACUUCACGCUACCCACCCGUCAGCCACUCCAGCUCUGGGUUACCGUGGCAACAGUCGUUUCCUUCUCUUCUCCAUCCUUCCCUAAUGGCGCCGGCCCACCGGCCGUCACACGCGGCGAGAUCUUCUUCCCUAUGUGCUCACAGACGCGCAAAAAACAAACACGCUGAGGCCCAGCCGUCUGACAGCACUGUUGCACACCUUGAGACGGAGCAUCAACCAGUCAGGGAUGGGACACGUCUAGCCAACCACGAAGAAGAGCAACUUCAGGAGCUCCCGUUCACGCCCGUCCACGAGCCCGUCAUCACUGUGGGCAUGACUGCACCAAGUUUGUCCACAGUCAGUUCCAGGAGCUCAAUGGCCCACCUCUUCUCUGCCGGCUUCCCCGACAUUGUGGACUCGAAAGGGCAGGUGGCAGACGUCUUGGACCCCACCGAGCCAGUCCCCUAUGAUCUGCACCGUGAAGAAAUAGAUCCUCUGCAAGAGAAUCUUCUGGUCUUCCAGUUCCUGGCAUUUACAAGAUUGCCAGUGGUGGGGAUGGGUCCCGAGUGGCCUCUCAACAUCUACUUCACUUUCCAGUUCUACCGUUUUCCACCAGUCACAUCGCAGCAACUGCGACUGCUGAACAGUGACGGGGCGAGGCAGAAAGCGCGCGAGCUCUUUCCUUGUGUUCUGAGCUCCAUCAACAACGACGGCACUCUCAACUCGGAGUCUCCAGGGCUGCAGGUGCAGUUCCGAGUUGAUAACGGUUUUCUGAAGCCCGGAGAGAAGCGUUGCUUCCUGCACUACUUGGCCCUUCACACCAUGCACGUCGACGUCUGGGACAGUGACUCACUGCUGCUCGUAGGUUCAACGGCCAUCGAGCUCAAGUGCAUGUUGCGGCGUGGUAAAACGGCAGUUCAAGCCCUGCACGAGGUGGACGUCGUGACCACGGACUACGUGGGAGAGGGAACCUUGCAGCCUCGCAACGCCUCCAACGACCCCACGGGGGUCCACGCCAUCGUCAGGGGUCGGCUGCACGUACGCACGGGAAACGUUGGGUCCCAAGCAGAUCUGAGUAUGAGGAGGACAGCAGAGCGCGCCCAGUCUCAUCCUCACAUCAUCAUCCCUCGUGAACUCACCGGGGGCUUCACAGGGGGUAGCCUGUCGACCAGAAAUAUUCUCCAACUUAAUGUGAGGAACACCGCGCAGGCCCAGCGACUGCAGGUACAGCAGGAAUGUGGGCAACCGUACGUGGGCGGCAUCAACGACGACGCCGUCUUUUCUGGCGAAAACAAGAAAGUGGACAGCGGCCGUCGGAAGCUGGAGCGCAUGGCCGCCGUGCACCAGAAGGAGGGCAAGACGGAAGCUUCUAAAGCGACUUGUGCGACGGAUGGACCCAAAGAGCCUUUCUGGAGCAACCCCUAUGAAGACAUCGACAAGGCCGAGGGCAUCAGCAACAUGCUCUGCCAAGCCAUCACCACCCCACAUCAACUCUUCGCCAGCCUGGGCUCUGCUGAGUACGUGGAAUUUGUCCUUAAAAACCCUUUCAACACGCCUCAGACGGUCACCGUCCACAGCAGUGAUCCUGAGCUCAGUGUCAUUACCAACGUCGAAGAGUGGCAGUAUUUUAAAGAACGUACUAAAACACGGACACCGCUGGAAAAGGACAUGUUCCACUUGGAGGAAGGAGCUCCAGGUCCAAAGGUUUACCUCCGACCCAAGGAGAGCGUCCAUAUUCCGCUCAAAUACCAGAGCUUCCUGUGCGACCACAGCAUGACUACUCGGGGGCCUAGCUUUCUACCUCAAGGCAAAAGUUCCAAUGUGGCUAAGAAGAUUCUCUCCAAUAUUGUUGCUGCCAAAACCAUCAAGGUCUCAUUCAAAGCAGAAACUGGUGACCCAAUAGCCAUCUGCCAGGUGAUCGUGGAGCCGUUGCCUCACCUUGUGGACCAAACCUUCCGACUUUACCAUCCAGAGCUCAGUUUCCUCAAGAAAGCUAUCCGCUUGCCACCGUGGUACACGCACGCAGUUGGAGGCUCAAAUGGCGAGACUCACAUUUGUGUACGCUGCAGUGACCCAAACAUCAUCUGUCAGACGAGGAUGCUGGAGCCAGGAGAGCCUCAGGAUGUGUACUUGAAAGUACCUGGAAGUCCGAGUCCCAAUGUCAAAACGUUCUUUGUGAUGGUUUUCACCGACAAGUGGAUGGCUGCCCCCUCGCAGAUCUGGCAAGUGUGCGUGCAUUUCAUGGAGCGGGUGGAUGUCAGCUGCAUCACUGGCCAACGGAGCUGUCAAUCAGUGGUGUUGAGGGGGAGGCAGGCUCUUCGCAAGGUCAAGUGUUUCUCAUCACACCCCCAGGAGAUUGAGGUCAACCCUGGAGGUGUUUUCAUGUUGCCUCCCGCAGGAGUGCAAGAGCUCCAGCUUCGAGUGCAGCCGUGGCGGACAGGCACUCGCUUCCUGUAUGUGAAUGCAGUGGACGUGGAGCAGCGGCAGUUAGUCACCGCUUGGCUGCUGUGCCUCAACGUCCACCGACCUGUGCUAUCCAAGGCGUUUGAAGUGUGUGUCCCGGUUAGUGGUCGCGGCAGCUCCAAAAAAAUCACCUACGUCAACCCUUACACCAGCCGCCGCGCUUUCCUACUUUACUCUGACCAUCCGGAUUUGCUGCAAUUCAAAGAGGAUAAAUUCCAGCUUGACGGGGGCGAGAGUUACACUGUCGGACUGCGCUUUGCCCCCAGCCUGAGCGCAGGCUCGGCGGAGAUCCUGGUCUAUGUGAACAACCUGGAGGAGAAGACCGAGGAGGCGUUCUGUGUGAAGGUCACCUACUCGUGAAUCAGUGGCUGUGAUGUGCGCUUGUAUUUUUCUGCUAAAUAUCUAAAAUAUACGAUUUUUGUACUUGAUUAAUAAACCGUCUGUAAUUGUG